CGAAAAGUACACCAAACACCGCGUCUCUUCUUCAAUGCCCAUGGCCCUUUUCAACUCUUAAACUUAAACAAAGACCAACCUGUUUACCUCUUUUUGUCCAUUCGCUCCUCCUCCUCCUCUCUUAUUAACCCCUUUCUCCUCUGAUUCCUGUUGUGUGUGAACAAGAAAAACCAAUCAAAAGAAAGAUAUGAUGAUGAUCAUCACCAUCUUGUUACUAAUAGUUUUGUUCCUAGCUGGCCUCAUUAAUAUUUACUUCUAUUUACCCUCCAGGAAAUUGUAUGCAUGGCUCCAAUCUCUUGCCUCUAAAAACCCUCCGAGAACCAUCACUCUCCAAGUCUCAAACAAAGGGAGGAGUGUUACGACUACUAGUGUCAGUAGUAGUAGUGUUAGCGGUCCUGCUUAUGAAAAAGCUGAGCUAAAGAGUGUUUUUGCUACCUUCGACAAGAAUGGUGAUGGGUUUAUAACAAAGCAAGAGUUAAGAGAGUCAUUCAAGAACAUAAGAAUUUUUAUGACAGAGAAAGAAGUGGAAGAAAUGGUGGUGAAAAUUGAUUCCAAUGGAGAUGGUUUGAUAGAUUUUGAAGAGUUUUGUAUCUUGUGCAAGGUAGUUGGGAUUCAAGAUCAAGGAGGAGAUGACGAGAAAGAAGGUCAAGGAGAUGGUGGGGAAGGGGAUUUGAAAGAGGCUUUUGAUGUUUUUGAUAGAGAUAAAGAUGGUUUGAUAUCAGUCGAGGAGCUUGGUUUGGUCUUGUGUUCUUUGGGGUUAAAGGAAGGUGGAAGAGUGGAGGAUUGCAAGGAGAUGAUCAGGAAGGUUGACAUGGAUGGUGAUGGGAUGGUUAAUUUUGACGAGUUCAAGAGGAUGAUGACGAGAGGUGGAAGCAAGCUUGUUUCUGUCUUCUAAACCUCUCCUCCCUCAAUACAAAUUUGCUUCCUCUCUAAGCUCUGGUAAGAUAACUACAUAUUUGUCACUCAUGCAACCGCAGAGAAAUCUCAAUGAAACAGGAGCUUAUUCCUAGCCUAACAAACCUCUUGAGUGUUCAGGUACUGUAAGGGCUAGAGAACUGGCCAUCUCUCUGAUUUAAUCUAACCUCUAGAGAACUCAAUCAUAUUUAGCUAAAAUACUUGGUGUUGUAUUCAUAUUUGUAGGAUGAUUUGAACUUGUUACUAGCUAUUCUCUAUUUUGCUGUAGUUCCAUGUACAUAGAUAAACUCAGAUCCUUUUCUUUUGUGUGCUAA